CUGGAGACUCGGAAGGAAUGGCACCUUUGAUGGAUCUUGCAAAUCAUCAUGGAGGACUUGAUUGAAAAGAGCUAGGGCUUUGCUUCGUGAUAGACCAGUGUUAAACCUCCCCUUGUCCAGAGUUGCCUGGAGAUCACAAUGAAACGUCCGAUGGAGACUUCUUCAACUAUAAAGGCAUCGAGCCGUGAUGAAGCCAUCAUCGGCACUAAUGACUACAGCAUUGUCUCUAAACGCAGCGUUGAAAGGCUCUACAAUGCCGACGAAUCGGAGUUUUUGCAUCAUUUUGUUCCAAAGUUUAAGAGGCGAGCUCCGGCCAUCAAUAGGGGUUACUGGCUUCGUGUGCACGCGAUUGAGUUCGUGGUCCUGCGAUUUUUGGAGGAGUGCCGCCAGGCAGGAAAACAGGUAGCUGUUGUGAAUCUCGGAUGCGGUUAUGAUACUCUUCCGUUUCGGACGAGAUGGAAAGCACCACAGCUAUGCGGGGACUGCGUAUUCGUCGACGUAGACUAUCCGAGUCUUAUCCAGCGGAAGGCGGAGAAGAUCCGAAGGGAGAAUUUGUUCGGGUUGACACCUACGACUGGUACGGCCUCUGAAGCCGUCAGUCUUGAAACGGAAGAAGGAUACUAUGCAGUGGGCUGCGAUCUGCGGCAUCCGGAGCGACUUCAGCAAAUAUUAACGGAUGAACUUGGUUUACAUGGAAGACAUUUCAUAUUUCUUGCCGAGGUAUCAUUAGCGUACGUGGACUAUAACUACGCGAAUACGCUCAUCGAUAAGCUCAGUAGCAUAUCAAAUUCACGUUUCUGCAUCCUGGAGCAGUACCUCCCCGAUGGGGAAGGCCAUCCCUUUGCGCAGGCGAUGCUCAACCACUUCGAAAAAACCGCGCCCCUGAAGCAGAUCCGAAAAUGCCCGUCGCUCGCUGCCCAGGCUGCGCGAUUCCGCCAAAACGGCUGGACGUCCGUUCAAGUUGAGAACCUUUGGAACCUCUGGCAAAAUGAUGAAUUCCUCUCGGGAGAGCAGAGGACUGCGCUGGACAAGGUGGAGCAAUUUGAUGAGUGGGAGGAGUUCGCCUUGUUUGGCGCGCACUAUUUCGUGUUGGUUGCCGGGAACUACGAUUUAGGCCCGCUGUUACCCAUAUUGCCCCAACACAAUGAUCAUUUGGGUGCUGAAGCGCCGCCAGUCCAAAGCGCUCUUGCAUGGCAGCACUUCCAGGCGCCAAAAGGCGCUGGGCUUCGACGAUAUGGGGCAGUGAUACCCCACAGUGCGCAGCUUGUCUCCUUUCACGGAGGCCAAACCUCAAGCGCGAAGCAGGGGAACUACGACACGUACAGCUGCAGUUCUCCAGCUCCUGAUCUACCCGGCCCUCCAGAAUGUCUGUCCAGCCACACCAUAACGGAAUGCGGUCCCGACACCUAUUUGUGUGUCGGUGGACGGACAACCCCGAGCAAAGCACGAUCUGCAUGUUGGCUUGGAGUCUCAGAUCAAUGGACUCCCGUUGAACACCUCACUCCGGGUCGAUAUCGACACUGCGCAGUCCCAGUCCAUCUACCCACCGAGCAAGGCGUCCUUGUUUUCGGCGGCAGGACUGGCGAUGGCAUAGUGCUUGGCGAAUGGGCACUGUGGACUGGGUCGUCCGGCUGGCGACGUUUGACAUGCCCCAUGGAUGAGCCCCAGCCGAGAUUUAGCGCCACGAUGGCAUGCAGCGGGUUGACCGAUGGUCUCUUGAUGGGAGGCCUUUCUGCUUCUGGCACCGUGUUCCAUGAUUGCUGGAGGUGGACGCUGGAUGGGUUGCAAGUAUUGGCAGAGAGAGUCUCGGAAUCCGUCCUCCCGAAACAGAUUGAAUGGACACGGUUUGGUGCAAGCCUUGUUGCGUCAGACAAAGGCUUUGUUCUCAUUGGCGGGGUGGGAGCGAACGGCAUAAUACCAGAGAUGGAUGAUGUUGUUUGUAUAUCCAAAGCGCUGCACUUCACCCGUCUUCCACUGGUAUCUGGACCGACUCAGAGACCUUUACUUGUCGGACACGGGGCUGCUCUAGUUAAGGAUGGCAGUCUCCUAAUAGUAGGUGGGGGCGCUAUAUGUUACUCGUUCGGCGCCUUUUGGAAUCCGGGGAUCUACAUGCUGUCGACAUCAAGGGGUGUUCAAGAAUGGUUCCUGGAUGCUACCCCAGCUACAACCGAAGUGCAAGCUUAAAACGGCUCUAUCCAGCCUCUAAAGGAACGUUCGGGCGAUGGACGGGCUAUGAAAGAGGAGGAUAUUGUCUCAGAUCUCGACGUAGGACAGAUCCCCUGUAACGAGCCCAGUGUUGCUACACGGCGUUGAGUUUGGUU